GUGUCGUUGUCAUCAUCAAAUAAACAAACAAUAUUAUGCGUAUUAUCAUUUUCGAAAAUUUAUUAUAAUUAUAAAAUAUCAAAUUAAAAAACUUUUGAAAAAAUAAACUAAAUUAAUUCCGCAAAUUGUUGAGAUGUGUGGUGAAAAUCUCAAACUUUGGUAUUAUGCAUUUUUGAUUUUUGUUUUAUCUUCGGAAUCUCUGCAGAAUUUCACGAAUGACAAGCAGAACAACAACUCGAUGGCGAAAUAUAAGCUUCACGUAAACUUUAUAAGAAAGCAUAAUAACGAGACAGAAUUCAUACGAAAUAACGAUAGCGAAGAUGAUGACUUAAUGCAGUAUAGAGUUUCUACGCGUUUCGUAAAAUAUUCUGAGGAAGCUAAUAAAAUGUCAAUGAAGCUUGGAGCAAAUUUUACAAAGAUCGACAAUGACAGUAAUUCUAAUAAUGAAAAAGAAAAUGACAAUAAAAAUUCUAUUUCACACGAGAAGUGCGACAAUAUUACUUGCAUUCAGCUCUGUUGUCCUCUUGGCAAUCACUUAAUUAACGGGAGUUGCAUUAGUGGAACACAUACAGAUAAAUACAUUUUUCCGAAAGUGAAUAAUAAUACGUUAGAUAUGUAUGGAAUGUAUGAUAUAUCUGAAAUAUAUGAUAUAUCUGAAAUGUAUAAUAUAUAUAAUGAUUUGAACAAUGAAAGUAAAAGAGUGGACGAAUUUUUUCAAUUGAUCGUUCGAAAUCAGUGCCAAGAAAAUCAAUAUGUCUCAAUAAAUCCAAACUCUCAAGAUGACCGGCAGAAGUUUAUAAUUUUCGCAAACGGGAUUUUGUAUCUUCCUAUUUUCGGAGUACUCAUGGACUCAACAUCGUAUUGUCUGGCUGUCGCAAAUCAUAGUCAUUUUAUAGUGAUUACUUGCGAAGAGAUGGUGAUCGAUAGAUUAAAUGGGAGGAAUUAUGCCAAGGAAUUUUUUUAUAAACAUUUGACUAUAUAUUGGAUUUGCCGCAUAAUGUCUAUUCUGUGUAUGCUAAUAAUAUUUUUGGUAUACUCUAUAUUUCCAGAACUUAAUAGCAUACAUAGUUUCAUACUGCACAGAUACAGCAGUAUGUUAUUAAUCCAAUACAUGACCGAAAUUAUAAUUAGAACUGAAAUAAUAAAUCAAAUAUAUUUCUGUAUUGUAGAAGGUCUUGUCAUGUAUUUCUGUUCUUUGGCAAACGCCUUCUGGUUAAAUGUAAUGAGUUUUAAUAUGUGGUGCACAUUUAGAAAAAUUCGCUCGUUACAAAGAAAUGUGAAACAACAAGAGACAAAGAAAUUGAUGUAUUCUAUCUGUGUUUGGGGCGGUUCCUUGAUUCUCACUAUUAUCUGUAUUAUCAUAGAACUUAUUCCAAACAACAGCAUGCCAAAUUAUAUGAUCCGACCGCAAUUUGACACCGAUUGGUGUUGGUUUGGUGAUUCUGUGGCGUAUCAGUUUUAUUAUCUCUGGCCAAUAAGUAUCUGCUUUAUUAAUAGUAUUUCUUUAUUCAUCUCUACGGCAUUAAAGAUCACGCGUUACGAGAAAGCUACAGCUCGUCAUCUAGGAAAUUCAGAGAGCCGAUCUUAUAAUGAUAACAAGAGAUGGUUUAAUCUAUAUCUGAAAUUGUUUACCAUGCUGUUCAUUUUAAUGAUCGUAAAUUGGAUUAUAACAAUAAUAUCAGCGUUUUUGGUAGUUCCUGUUGAGAAUAUUGCUUCAUUGCUGUACAUCGCAAAUAGUAAAUUUUUGAUGGACACUAUACAAGAUAUUGGUUUCUUAAUCAUAUUCGUGUGUAGGAAGACAAUCAUGCGACUGCUAUUAAAGCGAUUUUGUCAGAACCGUGAAUCUGUUCCCAAAACCUCGACACGAAUGCUACAGACUUUAACAAACUGA